AUGACGCCUUCUAAGUUUAAGAAUCGCUGCCCUGUAUGUCACCGGCCGUCUUGGCGCCUGCGACGCCACUUGGAUGACGUUCACUGCGUCAGGAACGCCCUGGAGCGAAGGAUCCUGUUGGCGUUUGCCAGAGGGCGAGUGAGCGUUCGCGGCAUGAAGUGCCCCGUCGGCGGCUGCUCGUACGGUGGGUCAAGGGUGGCGCAGCACCUCCAAGACGCUCACCGUGACCUGGGUGCCAAGGAGAAGAAGCGCCUUUUGAGGAAGCUCCAGUGGCGCAAAACGCUGCGGCAGGUGAGAGAACUUCGGGCCUCGGGUCCCGACCCGCCUUUAGCCACCAGGGACCGAGCGCCAGCCCCGCCCGUACGACCUCGGCGGACUCCCCGCAGCGGCCGGAGCCAGAGCCGGAGGAGCUGGAGGAGCCAUGUCUUGUUCCCGGCCGACCGAGCGCCAGCCCUCCACGUUCCACCUCGGCGGACUCCACACAGCGGCCGGAGCCAUGUCUUCUUCCCGGCGGCGGCGACGACGUGCCAUCCGCGGACUCGGCGGCGACGACCGGAGUGCCGGAGAUCGAGGACGAAGAACCGCAGGCCCCGUCCUCGAGCACGCUACAUGAGCCGUGAUAAGACCGAGCUGGGCUCCUGGCGCUUCUUGGAUGACGCCGGACGCAUAAUGGCCUGGCCCGCUGAACUCACCGAGCGGGAGCGGAAGGCCGUAACUACCGUUAAGGUCUACCUGGUAAACACAACCCAAUUCCACGUAUACUUCAUGGAGACGCCUCCGAGAAGCUCCAGGCUGUCCAAGCGGCAGCUCGUGUCCGUGAUGCGAGCUCUGAGGUCGGCUACGUGCCAAAUCGGAACGAAGGUGGUGCUUCGGCAGAUCAAGGUCAAGUCCGAGAAGCUACAGCGCUCCGUAACGCCCGAAAUUCUCCGCAGAUGCAUCGCAAAGUGUCGGGGCUGGAUCCCCAAACUCUUGCUGAGCUCCUCGCAAAAGAAGCACGACGUGGGGCUGAGACAUCUGCUGUACGGGUUCUUUGCCCUUUACCUUAUUUCGCUCUACGGCCAUCGAGCCGGCGUCAUGACCAACCUUACCACCGAAGAGGUCCUGGAGGCCGCGAGGGGGGCCGACUCUUCCUCUCCGGGGGUCGUACUCAAUGUAAAGAACCAUAAGACUGCCCGGGUGUUUGGAUGUGCUCAGGUCUUUCUCACCCACGAGGAACUGGGCUGGAUCCAGCGGUGGAUGGAGAUCCGGGCUCGGCUACGUCCGCAGUGCGAUCUGGUCUUCUUCAAUACCAACCAUCAGCACGUGAACACCAUCACUGCGUUCGCCAGGAACGCGUGGGCAGCGAUGCUACUGCCAGGGAGACCCUCGCUUACCGACAUCAGGACCGCGGUCGCAACGAUGUGCAGGAACACCCACUCCAGUGAUGUCCGGACGCAGAUGUCCCGGGUGAUGUGCCACGACACCCGCACGGCCGACCGAUUCUAUGCGAUGCAGCUGGAUGUCGGCCAAAUGGCGGAGAUGAGGCGCAGAUUUGCCCAGUGCAUGGGAGAUGAAGCUGCAGAAAGUUCACAAUAAACUUUGAAUAAUGCACCAGGAUGUGUCAUGUCUCUUCAUUGUGUGGUGGUGGUGGUGGUGGUGGUUGGGGGGUGGGGGGGGGUUCAAGGUUCCAGUCCCGGCCAACCUCUGGUAAUCUGAUCUGGGCUCCGAACCGAGCCAGAGAGGCACCAGGCCCAUCCAGAAGGACCGAGGAGGAGGAGACUCACUCACCGGACCGGCCAGAGCCCACAGCGUUGCUGCCUCGGAGAUCCAGAGAACCAGAGAGAAGAUCCGG